GAUAGAAAACCACAUAGAACUUGAUACGAAGUUCAAGGGAUUAAAUAAAUUUAAAUUAAACAAUAACUGUUCCAAAGUUCCAAUGAUCGCCCCUAGAUGAAACAACAAACAGAGGCCCAUGCCCCCACAAACGUGGUCAUCUGCUCCCCUUUCUAAUCUCUUACAAAACAAACAAAACAGAAAAAUGUAAAGCAAUGCUACACAAACGCGAGAAGCUACCAUACCAAAACGCGUACCACCACCCACAGCAGCCUGGGACGUAAGAUUCAACACGUUGCUCCAAGCUCGACCCACCCACACCCAUCCACCACCACCUCCUCACCCUCACCGCCUUUCUUAUCAGAGACACGAGAGCAAUGCCAGUUGCCUGCCAUGUCAUCUGGGUCCCGCUUAGCGUGUCAUUCAUGAAGCUUACCACCCAUCUCAGAUCCAUGUGACAUGGCAAUUGCCCCUCACCAUAAAUUCCUCCCCACCACUCUCGCGUUCUGGAAAAUAUAGCAACAAGAGCAGUUGUGAAAGACCCAGAGGAAGGAGGGACUUGAAGACUCAAAAAGAGAGAGUACGCAAAGGGCGAAACGAUGUUAGAAAGCAAGGCUGUGAUAGCAGAGACAGAUAUGCUCAGGCCCAUGCAGCAGCAUGCAGUCAGCCUUGCGGCGAAAGCGCUAGAUUUCUUCGACGUCACUGACUCCACAGAGAUAGCUCGCUACAUCAAAAUGGAGUUUGACGGGAAGUAUGGCACAGGAUGGCAAUGCGUGGUUGGAACAGACUUCGGAUCUUUUGUCACCCACUGCUAUGGCUGCUUCAUCUACUUCUGCAUCGGUAGCCUUGCCAUCCUCCUCUUUAAAGGAACAGCUGGGCCUGAGACAAGCGGCAGCCAAUUAGUCUCCAUUGAUAAAGUGCAAUCAUGAAGAAACAUGAUACAUUAGCAACGCAGCAGCAACGUUGACAGUAAUGUUUGAAAAGCAACAAAAUGGCGAACCGCUGCAAGCAAACAAGCUGAUGGCUGUGCCGUCAGGUAUGAGAUGACUGCCCAUGAGUUAAUGCUUUAAUCAGAAGAUGAGACUAUGUUGAGAAAUAAAGCAAAAAUAGUGUGGCCACAGCUUUUCCCUUGUAUCGUUUUACUUGACCAAGGAAUGAGGAAAAUGUUUCCGUAAGAUUGAUACAAGCGACUAAGAAAUUAGUCCAGCCUGAACUAGAUAACUAAAAGCUACUGCCCUCAAUCGAUUGGGUACUCCUGGUUCAAGAAACGACAAAGAAGAUGCCAAGAUGGAAGCUGCAUUUAUACAUGAUAAUUUAGAAUGAUUCCAGACUAGUCCGCAAAUACGAGGAGCGUAGUGACAGUUGACACGAACAACGAGAACUAAGAGAAGACAGGAGAGAGUAAUAGUGCCAUCCGUCGGAGUAAACAUAGAACCCGAGAGGAUCACUAUUCUUGCACCACCUAGCCCGAUGCCUGUGCUUCAAACAAUAACAACAAAGUGCCCAAGGGAACGUAUAAAUCUUAUACCAGCAGUUGCACGUGUACAGUACAUCAUACUUCGCAUUUAAAUAAAAUGCUCUUAUCGAUAAUUAAUCCCUCAAAAUGACAUUUCGAACUGACAAAUGUUCAAGCGGGUAACGAAAAUGACAGAGUUUUGCUAAAAGAUUUCAAGAACAAAACGGCAAACAUUAGGGAUACAAUGCAAAUGGAGAAGGGUUGACGUUGACUAUUGGUUUGAAAUCAUCAGCACAUGACGAUCCCCGAAGCGAAUCAUAGAAGACAUGGGAAAAGAUACCAUUACCAUGACAAAGAUACAUGCACGGCCGGACUUUGAUACGAAGUUUUUACAUACGGGCAUAAAAGUAUCCUAGGAAUAUGAUAUGCAGAAAAGCUUUCCUAUGAGUUGUUGACAAGUAACCAGUAUUACAUAUUACGUCUCUGCCCAAGAGAAAUAUGUAGCUACGUGAACGGCUUGUCUUUCAUAAUAUAACAUCAGAAAUGGAAGAAAAUGCAUAAACUCGUUCACAGCCCAUCUAUGAGCAACUUCAACAAAGAGAA